GAUAUUACUGGUCAAUGUGCCAAGAGUCAAGUGCCACGGACGGAUCCUACAAAUGCUUCCAUCCCCGACCCAUUACCCCGGCCCAGCCUGACAGACGUAGUAAAGCUGGUUGCCAUGGAAUCCUCUGCCGCGCAGUGCAAAGUGGACACAACAUCGGGGCCAGGCGCAAACUGCCCUCUGGAGCAGGAGUGUCGCGACGUGAAUUUGCUAGCUCAAGGUGGGGCAGAUGACACUGAGCUUAGUCCUUCAACUGUCUACACUGCUGCGUUCGGCAUUCUCAGCGGGAAAUCCUUUGCACUCUCUGCGCAGACUCUGAUUGAUGAAUUCAAUGGCCACAGUACUAUCCAAUCCGCAAGUACUUUUAGUGAGUUGAAUGACAGGGAGCUUCAGGUCACUCAGGCGGACGGUUCCGGCGUGUUCGAUUUCUUCCUUCCAACGGUGCAGGCUCCCGGACAGCCACGGACUCUGGAAAAUUCACAAGUUGACGUCACGCUUCCUUACCUGGAAACAUUGGGCGAUUUACGGCUGAGGUAUUUCUUCGACACGGGCGGCCAUGUAGAUACUGUGGAGAGAUUUAUUCGUCCUCCGAAUCAGGCUACUGAUAGGUUCUUUCCAUUUCCCUUAAAACAGACGGUGUGCAGAGAUAUUCCUGGUCAAUGUGCCAAGAGUCAAGUGCCGCCAGCAGUACCUCCAAAUGUUUCUAUCCCUGACCCAUUACCUCAGCCCAGCCUGGCGGAAUUAGCAGCGUUGUUCGGCAUACAAUCAUCCGCUGCACAGUGCCCAGUGGACACAACUGCAAGGCCGAGCCCAAACUGCAUACCAGUAGAGGAUUGCAGCAAGGUGGCUCAGCCGGCUAAAGAUGGAGCAGGUGACGCUGGGCGUAGUCCGCGGCCACGUCCAGUUGCAGCUCCCCACCACUCUGCCGCCUACAGUGUUUUCAGCAAGAACUCCUUCAGACAGUCCGUGCAUGUAGUAAUACUAAUAGUGUUAUCUUGGAUGUGUGUGUACCUGUUGUGCACUGCAUGGUUUCAUUGACACAUUACACUGUCUCUUCUCUAU